UUCCAUCUGGAUCUGAUUUCAAGCUCCUCAGAUCUCUCCCCCUUCGCAUUUUCCCGUUUCUUUAGCUCCACACCUUCACUUCCGUUCCGUACAAAUUUCAAAAUCAGAUCAAAAAAGAGAAAUAAAUAAAAAUGGCGGCGAUCGCAGUGCACAAGUUCGCUCAGUGCAUCACAUGCCAUGCUUGGAGCCCCGACCUCUCUAUGGUUGCAUUUUGUCCCAACAGUAAUGAAGUUCAUAUCUACAAAUUGUUGCAAGACAAGUGGGAAAAGGUGCAUGUUCUUCAAAAGCAUGACCAAAUUGUUUCUGGGAUAGACUGGAGUGCAAGGUCAAACAGGAUAGUUACCGCAUCUCAUGAUCGAAAUUCAUAUGUGUGGAACCUUGAAGGAUCAGAAUGGGUACCAACCCUUGUUAUUCUUAGGCUAAACCGCGCUGCACUUUGUGUCCAGUGGAGUCCAAAAGAAAACAAGUUUGCUGUUGGGAGUGGGGCUAAAACUGUUUGUGUAUGCUACUAUGAGCAAGAAAAUAACUGGUGGGUCAGUAAACUAAUAAGGAAAAGACAUGAUUCUUCUGUGACUGGUGUUGCUUGGCAUCCCAAUAAUAUUUUUCUUGCAACGACAUCUACAGAUGGAAAAUGCCGAGUGUUUUCCACCUUUAUAAAAGGUGUUGAUACAAAGGAUUCAAGAACAGGCCCUACUUCAGACUCAAAAUUUGGAGAGCAAAUUGUUCAGCUUGAUCUCUCAUUUUCUUGGGCAUUUGGUGUGAAGUGGUCUCCAAGUGGCAAUACCUUAGCUUAUGUAGGUCAUAAUUCUAUGAUUUACUUCGUUGACGAUGUUGGACCUUCCCCUUUGGCUCAAAAUGUUGCAUUCCGUGAUUUGCCUCUUCGUGAUGUUUUAUUUGUUUCAGAGAGAAUGGCCAUAGGAGUGGGAUUUGACUGCAGCCCAAUGGUUUUUGCUGCAGACGAUAGAGGAAUAUGGAGCUUUAUCCGAUUCCUUGGUGAAAGGAAAGUGACAUCUUCAGGAUCAACAUAUGGUUCACAGUUCUCUGAAGCAUUUGGGAAACUAUAUGGUGGGCAAACAAAGCAUGGAGUGAGCCAUGAUGCAGUUGAACCUUCAAGAUCACGUGGAGGCAUUCAUGAGAACUGCAUCAAUUGUAUUCUGCCGCUUAGGAGGCCUGAUAUCUCUACAAUAGCACGCUUCAGCACUUCAGGGCUGGACGGAAAAGUGGUUAUAUGGGAUUUGGAGAACCAAGCUGAUCUAUCUGACUAUUUGUAAACAUUGAUCUGUGAAGUUUUCACAUCCUCGUACUUUGUAAAGAAUAUCUCUUUAGCAAUAUCAGGUACAGGAAAGUUCUUUGUAAUAUUAAUUUGGUUGUGACCAAUUGCUGAUAAGUCAACAGAUACCCUUGCAGAAUCAAUUACAAGUUCAAGUAAUUUUACUUUUGUAUUCAUGUCUAUGACGACUGUACAUGUAAUGUAAGGAAAAAGAAAAGCAAUGUAUUGUGGCCUGCAACUUUUGCCAAAUUUUAUUUCAGCAAGUGGGUGGAAAGAAAAAGAUAUGAUAUUCC